UCCAUGGAGGAGUGGGAGUAUGUAGAAGGACACAAGGAUCAGUACAAGGAUCAGGUGAUGAUGAAGGAUCAGCAGCCCCUCACAUCACCAGUCAGAUCCAGUAAGAGAACAGCACCAGAGAGGUGUCCCCGUCCUCUACUUCCACAGGAUGAUCAGGGUGAAGAUCCGAACAAUAUUAAUGCUCCAGAGACAGAUGUGAGCAGUGAUGAGCAGUAUAAGGAGGACAUUCCUACAGGAAAAGAUCUGAACAAUAUUAAAGCUACAGACAUAAGGGAAGAAGAAGAAGAGACAGAUGUGAGCGGUGAUGAGCAGUAUAAGGAGGACAUUCCUACAGGUAACCACCCAGAUUCUUGUAGCAGGAGAUCAGAGGAGAAUCUUAUAUCUUCAGAUUAUAAAGCAGAUGAUGAUAUCACACAAGAUACAUAUGAAGAACAUUCCAUUAUCCCAGAUACACCCUCAGCCCUUCACAGCCAAGAUCUGUCAUCUCAUCCUUAUAUACAGGUCCUGUCUUCUCAGUCAUCACAGAAAGGUCACAGAAGGGGUGUUGGACAUCAACGAGCUCAUACAGGAAAGAAACCAUAUUCAUGCUCAGAAUGUGGGAAAUGUUUAAUUAAGAAGUCAAGUCUUGUUGAACAUCAGAAAAUUCACACAGGAGAGAAACCAUUUUUAUGUCCGAAAUGUGGUAAAUGUUUUAUUCAGAAAUCAGCUCUUGUUCAACAUCAAAGAACUCACACAGGGGAGAAGCCAUUUUCAUGUUCACAAUGUGGGAAAUGUUUUACUGCCAAAUCAAAUCUUCUUAAACAUCAGAGAAUUCACACAGGAGAGAAGCCAUUUUCAUGUUCAGAAUGUGGAAAAUGUUUUACUGAAAAAUCACAUCUUGUUAAACAUCAAAGAACUCACACAGGGGAGAAGCCAUUUUCAUGCUUAGAAUGUGGGAAAUGUUUUACUUUUAAAUCACAUCUUCUUGUACAUCAAAGAAAUCACACAGGAGAGAAGCCAUUUUCAUGUUCAGAAUGUGGUAAAUAUUAUACUGAAAAAUCAAAUCUUGUUAAACAUCAAAGAACACACACAGGGGAGAAGCCAUUUUCAUGUUCAGAAUGUGGGAAAUGUUUUACUGAAAACUCAUGUCUUGUUCAACAUCAAAGAACUCACACAGGGGAGAAGCCAUUUUCAUGUUCACAAUGUGGGAAAUGUUUUACUAAGAAAUCAAAUAUUGUUAAACAUCAAAGAACUCACACAGGGGAGAAGCCAUUUUCAUGCUCAGAAUGUGGGAAAUGUUUUACUUUCAAAGGAGAUGUUACUCGACAUAAAAAAACUCACACAGGAGAGAAGCCAUUUUCAUGUUCAGAAUGUGGAAAAUCUUUUACUGUAAAAUCACAUCUUGUUAAACAUCAAAGAACUCACACAGGGGAGAGGCCAUUUUCAUGCUUAGAAUGUGGGAAAUGUUUUACUUUUAAAUCAAAUCUUCUUGUACAUCAAAGACAUCACACAGGAGAGAAGCCAUUUUCAUGUUCAGAAUGUGGUAAAUAUUAUACUGAAAAAUCAAAUCUUGUUAAACAUCAAAGAACACACACAGGGGAGAAGCCUUUUUCAUGUUCAGAAUGUGGGAAAUGUUUUACUGAAAAAUCAGGUCUUGUUCAACAUCAAAGAACUCACACAGGGGAGAAGCCAUUUUCAUGUUCACAAUGUGGGAACUGCUUUACUAAGAAAUCAAAUAUUGUUAAACAUCAAAGAACUCACACAGGGGAGAAGCCAUUUUCAUGCUCAGAAUGUGGGAAAUGUUUUACUUUCAAAGGAGAUGUUACUCGACAUAAAAAAACUCACACAGGAGAGAAGCUAUUUUCAUGCUCAGAAUGUGGGAAAUGUUUUACUGAGAAAUCAAAUCUUGUUAGACAUCAAAGAACUCACACAGGGGAGAAGCCAUUUUCAUGUGCAGAAUGUGGGAAAUGUUUUACUCAGCAAUCAAAUCUUGUUAAACAUCAAAGAACUCACACAGGGGAGAAGCCAUUUUCAUGUGCAGAAUGUGGGAAAUGUUUUACUCAGCAAUCAAAUCUUGUUAAACAUCAAAGAACUCACACAGGAGAGAAGCCAAUUUAGAGCAAUAAAUGAUGCAGAUAACACAUCUAUAUAUUAUCCAUGUACAUAGGAUA